ACGAUCUCACCUCUUCUUUAGUAUCUCUGGGCAUACUGUGGGAUGUACUUUGGAUAUACUGACCUUUGAACCAAAGCAAAUUCAAUGAUUUCCUUCUGUUCAGGAUAAUAACCCCAAAUCUCCAGCACUUUUACAAUGAAUUUCUUCAGAUUCCCAGUCCAGUUGCAGCUGCUGAUCAGUACUGUGCUUGGGCCCUGCUUGGGCCUGGAGUUUACAGGGUCGCAAGGCCAGUGGGCACGCUAUCUCCGCUGGGACGCCAGCACCAGAAGUGACCUCAGCUUCCAGUUCAAAACAGACGUGUCCACUGCCUUAAUCCUGUACUUUGAUGAUGGAGGUUUCUGCGACUUCCUGCAACUCAUGGUGGUCGAAGGGAAGCUCCAGUUGCAGUUCGGCGUCGACUGCGCUGAGACCACAGUUGUAUCGGACAAGCGAGUCAAUGACAGCAGCUGGCAUUCUGCCACCCUGAGCAGGUACAACCUGAGAACUGUACUGGUUCUGGACGGAGUGAGCAAAUCGGGUGAGGUGCGGCCACAGAGGCAGUACAUGAAGAUCGUUAGUGACCUCUUCCUGGGCGGAGUCCCUCAAGAUAUUCGAAUUUCUGUGCUCACUCUCCCGACAGUGAAGGAUCUUCCGCCGUUUAAGGGAAUUAUCAGGGAACUGAAGUACAAUAACAAGGAACCUAUUCUGCUAAGCAGCCAGAGGGUCCGUAUGGACAUAGAGGGGAUCUGCAUGGAGAACCCGUGCGAGAAUGGAGGAACAUGCUCCGUUGUGGAUGGGGAACCGCUUUGUGAUUGUUCUAAGACGGAAUACAUUGGCCGAUUCUGCAACGAAGAGGCCAACAGCAUCCCAGGAUUUGCACACAUGAUGAUGGCGGAUCAAGCCAAGGGCAAAGCACGGGAAGAGAACGUGGCCACAUUCAGAGGCUCCGAGUACUUCUGCUACGACUUGUCUCAGAAUCCCAUCCAGAGCAGCAGCGAUGAGAUCACAUUGUCCUUCAAGACCUGGCAAAGAAAUGGCCUUAUCCUUCACACGGGGAAGUCGGCAGAUUACGUCAACCUGGCCCUGAAAGACGGGGCUGUUUCUUUGGUCAUCAACUUGGGUUCUGGCGCCUUCGAGGCCAUUGUCGAGCCCGUCAAUGGCAAAUUCAACGACAACGCCUGGCAUGAUGUGAAAGUCACACGUAACCUCAGACAGGUGACAAUUUCUGUGGACGGCAUCCUGACCACAACAGGCUAUACGCAGGAGGACUACACAAUGCUGGGAUCAGAUGAUUUCUUCUACGUCGGCGGAAGUCCAAGCACGGCAGACUUGCCUGGGUCGCCCGUCAGCAACAACUUUAUGGGUUGCCUGAAAGAGGUUGUUUACAAAAACAAUGACAUCCGGCUGGAGCUCUCCCGGCUCGCCCGCAUCGUGGAUCCCAAAAUGAAGAUCCAGGGAGAUGUGGUGUUCAAGUGCGAGAACGUAGCCACCCUGGACCCCAUCUCGUUCGAGACGCCCGAGGCCUACAUCAGCCUACCCAAGUGGAACACCAAGCGCAUGGGCUCCAUCUCCUUCGACUUCCGUACCACCGAACCAAACGGCCUUAUCCUCUUCACCCACGGAAAGCCACAGGAAAGAAAGGAUGCCCGUAGCCAAAAGAACACGAAGGUGGACUUUUUCGCAGUAGAACUUCUGGAUGGAAGUUUGUAUCUGCUGCUGGACAUGGGCUCUGGAACUAUCAAAGUGAAAGCCACACAGAACAAGGUGAACGACGGGGCCUGGUAUCAUGUGGACAUCCAGCGAGAUGGAAGAUCAGGCACCAUAUCUGUUAACAGUCGCCGCACUCCGUUCACAGCCAGUGGCGAAAAUGAGAUUCUGGACCUGGAGGGGGACAUGUACCUGGGCGGCCUCCCCGAUAACCGGGCUGGCCUUAUCCUCCCCACUGAACUAUGGACUGCCAUGCUAAACUACGGCUAUGUGGGAUGCAUUCGGGACCUGUUCAUUGACGGUCGCAGUAAGGACAUCAGGCAAAUCGCUGAGAACCAGAACGGUGCAGGCAUCAAACCUUCCUGCAACAAGAUGUCAGGCAAACAGUGCGACAGCUAUCCGUGCAAGAACAAAGGCGUGUGCAAAGAAGGAUGGAAUCGCUUUAUCUGUGACUGCACAGGCACCGGCUACUGGUCGCGCACAUGUGAGAGGGAGGCAUCCAUCUUGAGCUAUGACGGGAGCAUGUACAUGAAAGUGGUGAUGCCUACCGUGAUGCACACUGAAGCGGAGGACGUUUCCCUUCGCUUCAUGUCUCAGCGGGCAUACGGCCUGCUCAUGGCCACCACCUCACGCGACUCCGCCGAUACUCUUCGGCUAGAGCUGGACGGCAGUCGCGUCAAACUCACGGUCAACUUAGACUGUAUCAGGAUAAACUGUAACUCCAGCAAAGGACCAGAGACACUGUAUGCCGGACAAAAACUCAAUGAUAAUGAAUGGCAUACUGUGCGUGUGAUCCGGAGGGGCAAAAGCUACAAGCUAACGGUUGACGAUGACGUAGCAGAAGGUCAGAUGGUGGGCGAUCACACUCGGUUAGAGUUUCACAACAUCGAGACCGGCGUGAUGACCGAGCGCCGCUUCGUCUCCAUGAUCCCUUCCAGUUUCAUCGGUCACCUGCAGAGCCUCAAGUUCAAUGGCAUGCUCUACAUCGACCUGUGCAAGAACGGCGAUAUUGACUACUGCGAGCUCAACGCUCGCUUUGGCAUGCGCUCCAUCAUCGCAGACCCCGUGACGUUCAAGUCAAAGAGCAGUUACCUGAGUCUAGCGACCUUGCAGGCUUACACAUCCAUGCACCUUUUCUUCCAGUUCAAGACAACCUCUCCAGAUGGAUUCAUCCUCUUCAACAGCGGGGAUGGAAGCGAUUUCAUCGCUGUAGAGCUGGUGAAAGGGUACAUACAUUACGUGUUUGAUCUCGGGAACGGGCCCAAUGUAAUCAAGGGCAACAGUGAGCGAGCUCUCCAUGACAACCAGUGGCACAACGUUGUCAUCACUAGAGACAACAGUAACGUCCACACGCUCAAAGUCGAUGCCAAGGCAGUGAGUCAAGUCGUCAAUGGCGCUAAAAAUCUGGACCUCAAAGGUGACCUCUACAUCGCUGGAUUGGGGCCUAACAUGUAUAACAGCCUGCCGAAACUUGUGGCCUCUAGGGAUGGUUUUAAGGGUUGCCUGGCAUCUGUGGACCUGAAUGGACGCCUUCCCGACCUCAUAAACGACGCUUUGUUCCGCAGCGGUCAGAUCGAGCGAGGAUGCGAAGCAUCCAAAAGUGAACUUGGUUUCACCAAAGCAGAUCUACAAGGUCCUAGCACUACAUGCCAAGAAGACUCCUGUGCCAACAUGGGGAUCUGCAUCCAGCAAUGGGAGAACUACACCUGCGACUGCUCAAUGACCUCCUACACCGGGACGCAGUGUAAUGACCCUGGAACAACAUAUAUCUUUGGGAAAGGAGGAGGCCUCAUAACCUUUAACUGGCCGGCCAACGAGCGCCCAAGCACUCGUACGGACAGGCUGACAGUGGGCUUUAGCACCUCGCUCAAGGAUGGCAUCCUGAUCCGCAUCGACAGCGCCCCCGGCCUGGGAGACUACCUCAUGCUCCACAUUGAACAAGGCAAAAUUGGAGUCACAUUCAACAUCGGGACGUCUGACAUCACUGUUCAGGAGAGCAGCACCGCUGUAAAUGACGGCAAGUACCAUGUAGUGCGCUUCACCCGAAAUGGGGGCAAUGCUACACUUCAGGUGGACAACUGGGCCAUCAAUGAGCACUUCCCCUCAGGUAACAGCGAUAAUGAGAGAAUUCAAAUGGCCAAUAAGAAAAUUCCUUUCAAAUAUGCCCGGCCCGUAGAGGAAUGGCUUCAGGAGAAAGGGCGGCAGUUAACGAUAUUCAACACCCAGGCCACGAUAAGAAUUGGUGGUUCAGACCGCAAGAGGCCAUUUCAGGGCCAACUCUCCGGACUCUACUACAACGGCCUCAAAGUGCUCAACAUGGCUGCUCAGGGCAACCCUAACAUCAAAAUAAAUGGCAGCGUCCGUCUGGUGGGGGAGGUUCCCUCUGCAGGUUCAGCCAGAACUACUGCCCUCCCCCCGGAGAUGUCCACCACCUUUAUCGAGACCACCACCACCAUGUCCACCACCACCACGAGAAAACACCGCACUCCACCCACAAUACAGACCACGGAUGACAUGGUCUCUUCGGCCGAAUGUUCCAGUGACGACGAGGACUUUGCUGAGUGCGAAGGACAUGCAGGUGGGCUAGGUUCCCGAUUCCUUGCCAAACUGGUUGGACCGUUCAAGUCAGACAAAUUCUUUACGUCUAAUGACCAAGUUCAUCUGGAGGCAGCGAUCAAAGCACUUGAAUCACAGGGCGAUGACCCCCAGCAGGAAUCCAGAUAUGCGGCGAAGCGACUACGGCAGCACUGUCUCGUAUCCCAUUGACCCAGAAACUUCAUCCAAGCCAAUUAAGCUGCAUGCUGGGCUAAAGGAAGCAACACAAUCAAGAGACUCCACAAGUGCAGGUCAUUGAGGGCACUGAGCGUAUCCUCCAGACGUGGCAUGACUUUCAAAGGGUGAGUAAGUUCAGAUCUACGUAACACAUAUGGCUCAAAUAAGUUCCAUGAAGGUUUUUUUUUUUUUUUUUGGCACCAUAGCAUACUUCAAUCCAUGCGUUGGGCUAUUCAGAGUUAAUUUAGCUUUAGAUCUCACCCAAGCCACCUCAAAAAAUACCCUUUUUAUAGUACAGUUGCAGAAAAAUGAAUUUGCUAAAAAAAUGUUUUUUCUAAAACAGUUAGACACAAAACAGGCCCAUAAGCCGUUUCCUUCCAAUUUCUGAAACUAAAUCAUGCAGUCACCUGUUAUGAAAAGUUCAGAAAAAUCAUGAAUCACUACAUUUUUAGAGAAUUUAGGUAUAUAAACAUUUUGUCAUUAUUACUUGAUAAUACAUGCACUAAUAUGCCAUCUGUAUUUUUCAUAGUGAAUUCUAGCACAGCAGUCUUACAUUUAACAGGUUAUUUUUACAGUCCAAUUAUAUAGCUACUUGUUUACUUUAUAGCUAACAGCUUGCUAGCUAGCAAUAACAUCUGGAAGCAUACAAUACAUUAAAUCAGCAAUUCAACUAAAGCACAAAAAAAUUCCUGAUAUCUUCAGAGUUUUCUACAGUAAAAGAUGAAUUCUUCUACAAACUGAAGUUGCCAUUGCUCUAUCAGUCUACAACAGUUGCUGCACAAAGUCAAAUAUCUCUAAAGUUUAUUAAAGCUCAACUGGAACAAAGUCCUUCAGAAUAAUACUUAAAGAACUGAUUUUAAGAGAGAAAAAGGGGGCGUGUGAAGAAGUCGUUUGUCAGUUACUGUAGGUUGUUGUGGUGGUAGAGACUUGAGCAUCAAAUGGCAGUUCAACUAACGAACUGGCAGAAAGCCACUCUUUACUCCACAGACUGGCAUGCCUUACACCUGGAGGUCGCAGGUUCACUUAUUCUGGAAUGAAGCAAACGAAAAGAAGAGGAUCAGAGACUGUCGAUCACGGCAUGUAGCCCUUGUUUAUGUCUCAACAAAACUGACAGCAGAGAAUCAAAACCUGAACCUGGGUCAACCCACCUAUAAAUAGCAGUCUGCGAUAAGAGAGCCAGAUUGUCUGGCCAGAUUUGAUAUUAACUGGUUUAAUGUCUCAUCCCUAUAGAGAUGGGUAAAUCUAUGUGGUUCAGUCGCAAAAUAUUGUUCAUCCCAAAUGACAAAAAUAAAUAAAUGCAAGAGUUUUAUUGCAUAACACACAUCAAUCAAUCAUUCAUGCCGAUUGAGUGCUUUUUAAUUUUUUUUUUUUUUCACAAUACAGAACAUUAUAAAAUGAUACAUUAUGCAACACGCUUCCCAUUUAACUGCAGAAUGCACAUGAUAUUCAAGAUUCAUCCCUGUUGUUGUUACUUCAUUAACUGUUCAGCGUGUGAGACUCAUCGUGUUCUCUCCUGCUCUUCUGCUGCACUGGGUUUCUGUUUUUCUCAUCACGAGAACCGGCCUGCUCUGGUGUUAAGAGGAAACAACUGAUGCACAGAGGGAGCAAACGUGGCGAGUUCAACAACAGGUCUUGAUAAUGUCAUGAGGGUCUUUAAUACAUGUAAUAAACUCUAUGUUUAACUUCAGUUAAAACUGAUGCGGCGAAACAUGUCCAUCUAUACAAAUGCAUACAUAGAUAGUUUAGGCUCCAGUAUCCCCCAGAACCCACAUAUAUGUGCAUCUAUUUUUCAAGCUGCUUGUCCCCUUGGGACUGACAUACAUUAAUUUUUUUUUUCAAGCCUUGUGGAGAUACUCGUGUAUAUAUUUAAGAAAUUGCUAUCUCAUUCUAAAAGGACAUAUUUCUAUAAUCACUGCUGCUUGGCCUGCUGUUACAUGUCAGGUUUCUGAAACAUUUGAUGAAACAGGUUUAUACAAUAACAUGUUUAUACGAAAUAUGUUGCUAUUAUUGGUGUUGCAUAAAUGCUAAUACCUGAAACCUGUAUAUAAAGCAUUAAAAAGUUAUUUUUAAUAUGCAGAGCAAACCACAGGUAUUAUAAAUGCAUUUCUUUGCAUGUUACCGCAUGCAAUACUGAAUAAAUCGACGCUGCUUUAAGUGAUUUUUAUAGCAAAAAACAUUAAUGCUUUAAAAAAAACAUUAAUAAAUAGAUUAAUGCAUUACAAUAUACUCAUUUAAAAUGGAAAAUAAAUUUGCUUUAAGUACUUUGCAAUAACAAUGGGCGUGUAACUUAGAAUACUCUCGGAUUGAGAGUUUCAUAGAUAAAGUGUGAGAAACUUAUGGGUUGUAGAGGCUCAUAACUUCACUUAAGUCAUGCCUGUGCCAAUAUAAAUCUUGUUACCAAAUUAACUACGUAAAGGGGAAUUCCACCCAGUUUCAAUGUUUUUAAUAGUGAGUUCUUUAUCCUACAGCUGUUCAUGGGACGUAGGCAAAUAUGCUCUGCUCUGCCAAAAGCAGGAAUCAAGAGAUCCAUCCAUAACACCUUUUGGCUGUAAUGCUAAAGCCUCCCAGCUUGAGAGAAAUGGCUAGUUAGGAGUGUUGGUCCGAAGCCAAACACAUCUCUGGACAAGACAGCUGUAUGAGGCUGAAACCUGGGUUUUCAGAGUCAGUAAAUGUGUAGUUUUACCCUGAAAAGGAAGAGUUAAUUGUCUCUGUAAGGUGGUGACGUGUUGCCACAUAUUCUUAACUUUAGGUCAACUAUACACUUUAAAAAAUAAAGGUUCCCGGGUGAGUUUUUGCAGUCUUGAGUAUCUAUACAGUUCUUCGGAGAUUAGAAAAGUUAUAGGUUUUUCAGAUCAACAUAAUGGUUUCUGGGGUCUUAAAAGCACCAGUAGUGCUUUCGCUGACGUUUUCCUUAUAAACUAGAGAAUACCCUAAAAUAAUUCUUGUGGGGAAAAAAGUCAUAAAACACUUUUGUUACAGGAAACUUAUUUUUUAAAGGAAGCAAAAAUUUUUAUUUUAAUCAGGCUAAGAUUUCCUUCAUCAUUAUCAAUUUGCAGAAAUUUAGCGUUAUAUCUUAUGCUCACAUAUGAAUCCUCUGCAGUGAAUGGGUGUCAAUUUAUCCUGACUUUUGUAACUUUAAGUGUCCAUAUUAUUAAUAUUAUUUUAUUUUAUUUUUUUGUUUUUGUUUUGCUCUAACAAUUUGUUUAACCCCUUCUUUGUGCGACACUAAUCUGUGGUGACGGGUCUCAUUUUCAUUUUAUUAUUCCUGUAAUGCCUGAUAAAACACUAGAUGUGAUGCAGUGCCGCUUUGUGUACAGCAUUACCGGGAAAACAGUUAUUUUACCGCUCCAUAAGCGGCACCUAGUGGCAAAUAAUGAAUUUGCAUUUUCUUUAAGACCAGCGUGAAAAUGGAUGGGGAAUAUGCUAAUAUUUAAUGUAGACGUCAACAUGAAACAUGAAACUUUGUAAAAAUGACUAAUUUCAAUGACUCAGAGUCAACUUUUUCUUUGAAGAGACAAUGACUUUAUACACGGAGCACUUUCAGAUUUAAUGUUUUGCAAGAUGUUUCAGAGUUGUUACACACCACAUAAAAGGUCAUUUUCAAAAAUCCAUGCUGAACAAUUCCUUUAAUAGUUGAUGGUAUAUUUUUUUUCUAUACAUGACAUUAUUGUCAAUGGGAAUGUAAUUUUCUGUGGGUUUUCCCUCAUGCUCUAUGUUGCUGACAUUUUGGCUUUUUAUUGGACGACUGAGUCUACAAAUCCAGAUCUAUAAUACAGCUAUUUUUAUGUUUAGAUAUAAUGAUUUGCCACAGUAUUGAAGGGCUUACCUUAUUUUCACCUUAAAACAGCAUUGUGUUCUCAACCAAAACUCCCCUAUGAACGCAGAGGUUCUUUUUGUCCGAGACUGGAUUACGUUGUGAGUGACAUUAACAGUUAAGGGAUUAAAUGCGGCUUCAGUUUGCCCUUCGGUUCUUGGCAUCCCAGUGUCCUCCUGUAGAAUAACUCUGAGGGCUUGUAACAAAGUCAAACGGUUUGGUCUGGAAGUCAGUAUUAUGUCACGAAGUGCCUUUUGUUCUCAGAACAACAUAAAAAUAAUGCAGAACAGUUGUACUGGAUUGUAAGUGCUUUCAGUGUCAUUCAUAGGUCACUAUUAAUCGUUUCAGCAGAUGUGGCCGAUAUUUUUGAAAGAGAACAAGAGGAAGACAGAGAGUGAGAGAGUUGGUAAUGUUGCAUAAUAGAGGUGUAAGGCUUAAAAAACUUUUCCAUCCAAACAGACAGUCUGAUGUUGACUUUGACCCCUGCUAGACAGACGCUAGCUAUUAAAAGUCAAUAUCAGUAGUGCUGACACUGAAACAUUUGAAAUACAAGCAACACCAAAGCUGCUGAAAAACUAAGUGUACCAAGGGACUAAGUGUUCUCUUUAUGUGCAUUUGCAAACAUGUUUAUUCAUCAGUAAGUUCAUGUGGGAAGCGAACUGAAUGAAGUUAUAUCUAGUUACAUUCAAUUUUAAUAAAUCUUAAAUAAUGUACCUAACCACAAUGUUUCGUUAAAUUGCAUCAGUAUUACAUCAAGAAUGGUAUUACAAGAGCUCUAGUCUGGAUCAGUAGUUCUCAACCUUUGUAACUUAAAGGCCCCCCCCGUUAUCAACGUCAACACUCGUAAGCCACCCAUAAAAGACACUAGAACUGUAAAUGCAUUCAAACUGAACAGCGGUGAAUAUCAUAAAACAUGAAAUGAAUGCUUUAAAGCACAAUUUCUUUAUUAUGUAAAAAAAUGUUUAUUGAUGCUGUAAACUUAUUUAACUUACAGCUGAUUUGGCUUUGAUUGUAAUUGUAGCAUUUCAAUAAAUAUUUCAAAUAAUUAUCAUCUUUAAAGUGGUUUAAGAACCCGGUCUAAACAUAGGACCCUCCAAAAUAAGCCAUGAUGUUGUUCCCAUAAACUGAGCUUCCAGAAAACUUUGAGCACUUUUCAAGAGCAACAAUUAAAUAUUCCAUGUUCAUGACCCCUGACUGUCUGUAUAUCGUGUCUUUGUUCAUCAAUUAAAG